UGCUGGGUUUCUCGUGAAGUGCUCACGAGCUUGAGUAAAGCUUUUAACUUGAUAAACCAGUUAAACCACACAUUGCUUAAAAAGUUUCAUUUGGUAGGAGCUCCAAUGGAUUCUUGCUGUGCGGCCUUGAGAGUCAAUUCUCAUUUGGUGAAUGCAAGAAAAUCUGGCUAUGGCAAUGGGGACAACACAUUUCUAGGGGAGAGAACAAGAGGGAGUCUUAAUAACAACAGUGUUUGGGUCAAUCAGCUGAAAAACAGCUUGAGAGCUGAUGAUAAGAAGAUCAAAUCUGGUGCUUUUGCUGUUCUUACAUCAAACACUCCCAGGGAAGCUGUGACUGUACAACCACGGCGAUUCGAACGACAGCGAGUCGAUCCCAAAACUGUGGCUUCGAUCAUAUUGGGAGGAGGUCCAGGGACUCAUCUCCUUCCACUUACCAAAAGGGCAGCUACACCUGCUGUUCCGGUUGGAGGGUGCUAUAAGCUGAUAGACAUUCCGAUGAGCAACUGUAUUAACAGUGGGAUAAACAAGAUCUUUGUUUUGACUCAGUUCAACUCGGCUUCCCUCAAUCGCCACAUUGCGCGCACCUAUUACGGCAAUGGUAUCAAUUUCGGAGAUGGCUUUGUGGAGGUUCUUGCAGCCACUCAAACAUCGGGAGAGGAAGGGAAGAAAUGGUUCCAAGGAACCGCCGAUGCUGUGAGGCAAUUCAUAUGGUUAUUUGAGGAUACAAAGAUGAACAUCGAGAAUGUAAUGAUCUUGUGCGGGGAUCAUCUCUAUCGAAUGGAUUAUAUGGAAUUUCUACAGAGUCAUGUCGACAAUGAUGCUGACAUUACAAUCUCAUGCGUGCCUGUGGACAACAGUCGUGCAUCUGAUUACGGAUUGGUGAAGAUGGAUGGCAGGGGUCGUAUCGUCCAGUUUGCUGAAAAACCGAAGGGUGCUGAUUUGCAAGCAAUGCAAACAGAUACCACACUUCUAGGGUUGUCUCCCCAAGAAGCACUGAGAUCCCCUUACAUUGCGUCGAUGGGCGUUUACGUCUUCAAGAUGGACGUGUUAUUGAAACUUCUGAGAUGGAGAUAUCCGACUUCGAACGACUUUGGCUCUGAAAUCAUUCCUGCUGCGGUGAAGGAGCGUGAUGUCCAGGCAUAUAUUUUCAAGGACUACUGGGAGGAUAUCGGAACGAUCAAGUCAUUUUAUGAAGCCAAUUUGGCCCUCACUGAAGAGUUCCCGAAAUUCGAGUUUUAUGACCCAAAAACUCCUUUCUAUACGUCUCCUCGCUACUUACCGCCAACCAAAAUCGAUAAAUGCAGGAUUAAAGAUGCAAUAAUCUCCCACGGAUGUUUCUUGCGAGAAUGUAGCGUCCAACACUCGAUAGUCGGCGAACGCUCCCGUUUAGACUACGGUGUCGAGCUUCAGGACACAAUAAUGAUGGGAGCAGACUAUUACCAAACUGAACCCGAAAUUGCAUCUCUGCUAGCGGACGGUAAGGUCCCGAUCGGAAUCGGACGCAAUACCAAAAUCAGGAACUGCAUCAUCGACAAGAAUGCUAAAAUAGGACAAGAUGUGGUCAUUGUGAACAAAGAUGGUGUUCAAGAAGCCGACAGGCCGGAAGAAGGAUUUUACAUCCGGUCCGGUAUAACCAUCGUUAUGGAGAAGGCAACAAUAGCAGACGGCACAGUUAUAUAAAAAUGCAUCUCAGAGACUUCCAAGGGCAGCUCUAUGAUCAGAACUGAAGGUGCUUCGCAGAUAGCAACCAUGAACCGUCGAUUCGGGUCUGAAAAUCGGAUACGGCAUACUUCGUACUCGGUAUUUUUCCUCGAAGAAAAGAAAAGAAGCUGCAUUUCCAUCCAACUACUAUAUAUAUGUAAAUUACAAGCUCUUUAUGCAGUGUAAAAUAGAUGCUGGAUCUCAGAGAAAAUAAGUUGCAUCAAGAUAAAUGACAGCUUUGCAGCUCGCCUUUUCUUU